UGUCCGGUACAGGUUCUCGAUAUCUUUCGAGUCUCAAUAUGAACUUAUAGUAAAUGGAUCAGCUUGCAGGAGGCAGCAGCUCCGUUGCUGCAUCAUCUGGCCACGGGGAUUCCUUCCUCCUACUUGAAACUCAUGAGCAGAACUUCAUUCAGCAACAUUUGUGCCAAUACCACUGAUACUUCCAGCAUUGAGCGGAGUGGCCGACAGUUUUUCCCAUCAUUGCUGACUGGUUUGCCCUCCAGCUUUGACCCCUAAUUGGCUGGUGACCCGGCCUUUACCAAGUCUGCAUCAGUCAGUGUACCAGUAUCCUUGAUGGCCUCCAGUCCAUCCUCAGUGGCCAGUGUUUCAACAAUUAGCCCACCUUUGCAAGCCAGCGAUGUGGCCUUCAAUUCAUCCUCACUGGCUGGUGUUCCGGCCUCCACCUCAUCCUUUCCUGCAAGAAGUUUUCCGGCCUAUACCCCAUCCUUGCUGGCCAGUGGUUCGGACUUUGUCACAUCCACAUUGGCCAGUGUUUCUGCCAUUCAGAGCCCACCUUUGCUGGCUAGUAGUUUGGCCUUCAAUUCAUCCUCAACAGCCAGUGGUCCAGCAUUAAUCUCAUCCUCAAUGACCAAGGUUUCAGCCAUUAUCCCAACUUUGCCAGCCAGUGAUCAGGCCUUCGUCACAUCGUCAUCAGCCAGUCUUCCACUCUUCACCCCAUCAUUACCUGCUGCUUGCCAUGCAGUUGCACUACCCAACAUUGGAGGUCUUGAUACAUCCAUUUCCUGGCGACGUUCUGCUCUGUCUUCUGAUCGGUUGGAUCCAUCUAGUAACAUUCUACCUACUGGGACUAAAACACUUCUUCAUUCAGCUGAAAUAUAUCAAGAAAGCAGCAGCCUCGCCAAGGGGCCUACCGGUAACUUUGCCCAGGGGCGUACCCUCAACCCUGUCCAGGAGCGUACUCUGAGUCCCGUCCAGGGGCCUACUCCGAGCUCUUUCCAGGGGUCUACCCUCAGCCCUGUCCAGGAACCUUCAAAUAGCUUUGCCCAGGGGCCUACCCUAAGCUCUGUCCAGGGGCCUACCCUCAGCUCUGUCCACAGUGCCCAGGGACCUACCUGUAGCUUUGCCCAGGGGCCCACCCACAGCCCGCCCCAGGUGUCUAUCAGCAGCCCUACUCCCCCGGUGUCCAUCGGCACCCCUACUCAAGCCUUUGCCUUCAAGGAUCUGGACUGUCUGGAGAACCUUCCUGAGGUCGUGGAGAGUUUGUCCCAGGCACAGAGGCAGCAGGCUGCUGAGAUUGAGAGGCAGUACCAGUUAUUGCAGGAGGAGAAGGAGAGACUGAAGAAAGAGGAAGACCAACUUCAGCAGAUUCAAGAAGAGCUACGAUACUGCACAAGACAGAUCUGCCUAACAGAGGAGGACAGCGCUGUGUUGUCACAACACUGCAAGAAGUUCAAAAUGGAUUUGGACUCCGUUUCUGUGGAGAAUUUAGAAAUAGUCAGAAAAAUUCAGGAAACAAGACAAAAGAUGGCCGAUGAUGCAAGACUUUAUGCUGAAUAUCGUGUCAAAAUGAGCAGCCAUCAGCAGCUAGUGAAUGACCUAGAAUCCAGCAUGCCCACUCACAUGGAAUUGGCCACGCAAAAGGAGAAAAUACAGGCGCUUCAAGCUGAAAAAGAGAACCACAUAGACUCAGGCAAUACAACUGGUUCUGAUAAGAAAAAUUGA